AUGGUUUUAAUAUUGAAUGUUAGACAGCCUAUAAUAGAAGAAAUUAACACCGAAAGAGAAUUAUUCAUUUUAAAUCGACAAAGGCCAUGUACACUAGACAGAAAUAUGGAUUUAAUAGGACCACCAAGUUAUAUCCAUGAAAUAGGUACAAAAGAAUGGACAGAUAUUGAUUUAGAAAAUAAAUUGUCAAAAAUUGACUGGAGUGAAUGUCCAAAUUGCGAUUUAAUACACAGACCGACAAAAGUAAAUUCAACCAGCAGGGAUUUUAUCAUUGUAGCUAUGAUAAAUUGUUCGAAUAAUUUACAAGGAUUCUUAAGAUCGUUGAGAUCGACGGGAUCAAGAGCCAUGGUUGUCCUAUUCUGCGAUGAAUUAGCGAUGAAGCAACUUUCCGAUUUUCAUAAAGAUUUAAUUCAAAAAUGCGGUGCGAUAUUGAUUAAUAUCGGUAAAAUGCCUACAAAAUUCCUAAAGAAGCCAUUCGAAAACAGGCAUCCACUUUUCUACACAUUUUUAUACAAAUAUCGAAAAUUAAUCGACAGAGUCAUUAUGGUUGACUUAUUAGAUGUUUACUUCCAAGAGGAUCCGUUUACACCUGAUUUUAACUCUUCCACUUUCGCGGCUACUACAGAAAUGGUCAAAUUUUCAACUUGUCCAAUAAAUACUGAGUGGAUUUCAGUUGCAGAUCCUAAUUACGAUCCAUACUUUUAUGCAGACAAAACACCUCUAUGUUUUGGAAUGGUAUAUGGCUGCAUAACUUGCUUCUUGAAAUUUUAUGAUAUAAUAUUUAAACAGAAGCCAUGGAAGAACUUCCAGAUCAGUACAAUUGAUCAAGGAUACUUGAAUUAUUACUUUUAUAAAGGAAUAUUCUCAAGAAAUGGACUUUUUGUAGCUGGAUCGAAAGCUGGAGAUAAAAUUAUCUCAACAAGAGGAGGAAAUGUUUCCUCUAAAGUUGGACCAUAUGGAGAAAUGCUCAUGGAAGGUUCUGACAACGUUCCUGCAAUUCUCCACCAUUAUAACAGGCAUUGCAAGCUUUGGCAGGACAUUCAUAGGAAAUGCAAGCUUGUUGGAUCGGAUAGUAAAGCAUAUGCAAAACAGAAGGAGAUGACUGAAAAAUGUCCCCUUCCGGAUUAG